UUUCCAACCAGUCACACCAGAUUGAACCCUCACGUCGUACAGCAUGCGAGGCGAGGCGAGUUCCUGCAGAGUUGCCCUGACAUCCCCCUAGCAUCAACCGACCGAGGCGAGGCGAGCCACCAUCCAUGUCAAAGUCGAGCUCACAUCCCUGCCAGCGCAUCACGUCACAUCAUUACGCUACCAAGCUCGUCCAUCAGCCCUACCAAAAACACCCACUCAACACAAUCACCCACCACAACAACCAAUCCCGCGCCAACACCGCAAAAAUGGCAGCGAACUUCGCCCCCUACCAAGACAGCCCGGAAGCCUCGCGCCUGGCCUCUCCCCGCGCUUCCCUCGACCGCCCACGCGUAAUUUCCCCACAAACCACAACGCCAGGCCGCGCCUACGAGCAACACGAUUACUUCCAAGGGCAGCCGCCGUCGCCCGCGCCCCUACCCGAAACCGAACGGUCUUGGACGGCGAGCCGGCGGCGCGAAGACGUCGACGUCUUCACCACGUCGCUGGGCUGGCGACUAGACUAUGAGGCGUGUCUCGCGUACCUUUUGCUUCCACCCGCGGGAGGCGUGUUCCUGCUGGUCAUGGAGCAUCAGAGCGAUUAUGUGCGGUUUCACGCGUGGCAGAGCAGUUUGCUGUUUGCGUUUUUGUUUGUGGUGCAUGUGUUUUUUAGCUGGUCGGGGUUUAUUUCUUGGGUGCUGUUUGUGGGGGAUGUUGGGCUGAUUGCGUGGUUGACGUGGAAGGCGUAUCAGGAUGGUGAGUUUUUCUUUUCUUUUUUCGAGUGGGGAGAUUUAUUGGGGAUGCGGGCUAAUGAAUUGUGUAGCUGCGACACUGGAUCGGUAUGAGAUUCCCUUUUUCGGCCCGCUGGCGAGCUCGAUAUUGGACGAUGAGUAGGACGUGGUGGUUGCAAUGUUGCACAC